GCGCCCCUACCAUCGAGAGCAGCUUCCGGCGUCGCUGGUGUAGGUGGGUGAAGAAGGAGCGGGCCCUCGCCGCCCUGUCUUAGUUCCUCGCGCUCUCUCGGGCAACAUGGCGGGUGUGGAGGAGGCAGCGUCCUGCGGGAGCCACCUGAAUGGCGACCUGGAUCCAGACGACAGGGAGGAGGGAGCUGCCUCUACGGCUGAGGAGGCGGCCAAGAAAAAAAGACGGAAGAAGAAGAAGAGUAAAGGAGCUGCCACAGCAGAGCAACAGGAACCUGAUAAAGAAUCAGGAGCCUCGGUUGAUGAGGUAGCGAGACAAUUGGAAAGACAAGCAUUGGAAGAGAAAGAAAGAGUUGAUGACGAUGAAGAUGGAGAUGGUGAUGGAGAUGGAGCAGCGGGAAAGAAGAAGAAAAAGAAGAAGAAGAAGAGAGGACCAAAAGUUCAAACAGACCCUCCCUCAGUUCCAAUAUGUGACCUGUAUCCUAAUGGUGUAUUUCCCAAAGGACAAGAAUGCGAGUACCCACCCACACAAGAUGGGCGAACAGCUGCUUGGAGAACUACAAGUGAAGAAAAGAAAGCAUUAGAUCAAGCUAGUGAAGAGAUUUGGAACGAUUUUCGAGAAGCUGCAGAAGCACAUCGACAAGUUAGAAAAUAUGUCAUGAGCUGGAUCAAGCCUGGGAUGACAAUGAUAGAAAUCUGUGAAAAGUUGGAAGACUGUUCACGGAAGUUAAUAAAAGAGAAUGGAUUAAAUGCAGGCCUGGCAUUUCCUACUGGGUGUUCUCUGAAUAACUGUGCUGCCCAUUAUACUCCCAAUGCUGGUGACACAACAGUAUUACAGUAUGAUGACAUCUGUAAGAUAGACUUUGGAACACAUAUAAGUGGUAGGAUUAUUGACUGCGCUUUUACUGUCACUUUUAAUCCCAAAUAUGAUACAUUAUUAAAAGCUGUAAAAGAUGCCACUAACACUGGAAUAAAGUGUGCUGGAAUCGACGUCCGUCUAUGUGAUGUUGGUGAGGCCAUCCAAGAAGUUAUGGAAUCCUACGAAGUUGAAAUAGAUGGGAAGACAUAUCAAGUGAAACCAAUCCGUAAUCUAAAUGGCCAUUCAAUUGGGCCAUAUAGAAUACAUGCUGGGAAAACAGUGCCCAUUGUGAAAGGAGGAGAGGCAACAAGAAUGGAGGAAGGAGAAGUAUAUGCCAUUGAAACCUUUGGUAGCACAGGAAAAGGCGUGGUUCAUGAUGAUAUGGAAUGUUCACAUUACAUGAAAAAUUUUGAUGUUGGACACGUGCCAAUAAGGCUUCCAAGAACAAAACACUUGUUAAAUGUCAUCAACGAAAACUUUGGCACCCUUGCCUUCUGCCGCAGAUGGCUGGAUCGUUUGGGAGAAAGUAAAUACUUGAUGGCUCUGAAGAAUCUGUGUGACUUGGGUAUUGUAGAUCCAUAUCCACCAUUAUGUGACAUUAAAGGAUCAUAUACAGCGCAGUUUGAACAUACCAUACUUUUGCGUCCAACAUGUAAAGAAGUUGUCAGCAGAGGAGAUGACUAUUAAAUUUAGUCCAGAGCCACCACAACACCUUUUAUUUUCUAAGCUUUGUUGGAAUACAUUAUACCAGAAUUAAUUUGCAACCUGUUGUCUGUUUAACAGUGGACCUAUGUAAUACUUUUAUCCAUGUUUAAAAAGGAAGGAAUUUGAUAAAAGGCAAACCAUUUAAUGUAAUUAACCAAGGAAAAAGCUUUCAGGACUUUGAAAUGUUAACUGUUUUCCUUCUGUCUAGGAAAUGCUAUAAAGCUCCAAUUAAUUAGGAAUGACCUAAUACAUUUUGUUUCAAACACCUAAGAGAUGCUUUUCAGAUAUUUAUAUUGCCGUAUUCUUAAUUGAAUGCUUUGAAUGACUACAUCCAGUUCUGCACCUAUACCCUCUGGUAUUGCUUUUUAACCUUCCUGGAAUCCAUUUUCUAAAAAAUAAAGACAUUUUCGGAUCUGAGAGCUAUA